AUGACUGAUGACACAGAUUAUGUCUUCGUUUUCAUUGCAACGGAUACAAGACAUAGUGACACAUCUUCAACUUCACUGAUUCAAGAAAAUUUCGGACACCCAAGUUCAUACUGGGCAAGUGGUUCAAAUACAGCAAACACUGCAUUACCAAGUUAUGAAGAAGCUGUUAGGAAUUCUGUAAAUCCUACAAACGUUAUCAUAACGCCCAUAGCUAGUUCUGUAUCACAAUCGCUUGAAGAAAUUUUAGUUUUUCAAGAUGAAAAUCAAGAAAUCGUCUCAGAACAUACACCUCUCUUGCCCAAUAAUACAAGUGGUUUUGUUGGGACAUCUAUACCUGCAAUGAUACCACCACCUCCUGAAUAUUCAUUGUCUGAUGCAUCUUAUAAAACCAGUGCCGAAGGUGUUACUUCUUUUGAUCAUAAAUUGAAUACAGAUGGAUACCAUACAGAAUCGAGAGAUGAUAGUUAUUAUACUGUUGAUUCAGAUGGAAAUUCACAUCGGACGAAUCAAUCAACGAACGUAGAAGUUGUUGAUUUUAAGCUAACUUUGGACCUUUCAGAUUAUAUUUUACCUACAGGGGUUAUAUAUACAAUUCCGAAAAAAAGCCACCCGCCACAAGGGGUUAUGCAAGUAUUAAGGGAAUAUAUUGAACACAAAAAUCUUUUAAAAGAAAUUGAGAUGCGAAAGAUUGUAAUUUGGGAUUAUGAAUCUUUAACAAGAGCAAUUUCUUCAACAAUUCGACAACAAGGAUUUCGUAAUGACCUUCGUAUCACUUAUCCACUUCGUAAUCACAUUGUUAAAGUUCAAUCUGAUCAUAAGUUUGCACAUUUUGUAAGAAAUCCUUGG